AUGUCUUCGACAUCAAGGAUACCUAUGAGCGAGCUUAACGCUUCUGCUCUUGAACAUUUCGUCUACAAACCAGUGAGCCCGGCCAUGAUUGCCUAUCUAGCUCACGCAGCGCGAGAAGUUAUACAAUGCGACCCGAACAUGAUGCCUCCACCGGCUCAGCAGUCGCAAAUUCCCACACCACCCCGAACACCAUCCCCAAAGGCCAUCCGAUGCGAAGAUAAUGGGUUACCGACGCUGGAGGAGUUUAUCGCCCAACUGGUCCGUUCUUCUAAUGUACAGGUGCCCACUUUGAUGUCCACACUGGUCUACCUCACACGAUUAAAGUCGCGAUUGCAACCGAUGGCCAAAGGUCUACGUUGCACUACGCACCGGAUUUUCUUAGCAGCACUCAUCCUUUCGGCCAAGUAUUUGAACGAUAGCUCGCCUAAGAACAAGCACUGGGCCAACUAUAGCCACAUGGGUGUUGAGCACUUCAACUUUGGGUUCAGCCGGACAGAAGUUAAUCUGAUGGAGAAGCAACUACUGUUUUUACUGGAGUGGGAGCUAAGAAUUACGGAGGAGGAUUUGUAUCGCGAGCUAGAGCCCUUCCUAGCGCCGAUCCGCGAUACCAUCGAGGCUACUCACGCACGCCGCAUGCAACGCAAGGAGAACUUACGAAAGAAGCAGGAGGCCGAAGAGUGGGCCGCCGCACAGUUCCCAACUCCGCCGAGCUCACGGGGCAGCUCGCGGUCGAGACCGACUGCAUCGCCUUACGGUGUGCGCAUGGUACACGACGAGUCUUCUCCACCAGAAUUAGUUUACAGCUCAUCGAUGAGCUCGAGCAGUGGAAGCUCCUACGCCUCUUCAUUUUCGUCUCGACAGCAAUCGCGGUCUUCAACACCCCUCUCUGAACCUGAUGACCACUACGUAACUUACGUACACAACUCACUUUCCGAAUCUCCUGUUGAGAUCGUCCUCGAUAUGUCACAGCCGGCUCUGGACAGCAGGGGACAAAGCCGAGGGGGUGACUCCAAGCAGCUGCUCCCGUACGAAAUUAGCGCCGAUGACCUUCGAGCUCUUCAAGAUGGUAGCGCGAAGGCAAAGCGAGCGAGAACUGGAAGGGGCAUGUGGGGGCGUAUGUUUGGUGGUGUCGCCACUAGGUGA